UGCAUCUCUUUUCAGACGGUCCUGGCAAAAGCUCUGUUUGACAACGCAGCUGAAAGUCCAGACGAGCUGGCGUUUCGGAAAGGGGACAUCCUGAUGGUGCUGGAACAGGACAUGGGGGGUGUUCCGGGAUGGUGGCUGUGCUCCCUCCACGGGAGGCAAGGAAUUGUCCCAGGAAACCGGCUCCGACUGCUCCAAUCCCAAAACCAGGAUUCUGGGAAUGGGAGUCCUGGCACACAGGGGGACAAUCUGUACCAGGCACCUGUGUCCCAGAAUCAGACACGGCAGGGGGACAAUAUAUACCAGGCACCCGUGUCCCAGAAUCAGACACAGCAGGGGGACAAUCUGUACCAGACACCCGUGUCCCAGAAUCAGACACAGCAGGGGGACAAUCUGUACCAGGCACCCGUGUCCCAGAAUCAGACACAGCAGGGGGACAAUCUGUACCAGGCACCCGUGUCCCAGAAUCAGACACAGCAGGGGGACAAUCUGUACCAGACACCCUCCUAUGAAGAGCAGGACAUUGUGUACCUGACUCUGAAACAAAAGGCACCUGAGAUUUACCAAGCACCUACUGUGGUGUCAAGUGAAUAUUUGGUGCCGACUGGAGGGACUUUAGUGCCUGAGACUGUUUACCAAGCACCAGCUCUGCAGAGUGACCAGGUCUACCAGGAGCCGACCAGAUUGGGGUUGGGUGAGCGGUCUGCCCAACUUUCAGCGUUUCAGGCUGCGAGACAGGCGGUGGGAAACGUCUAUGUGUGUCCCACAGCUAAACAUCCACCUGGAGAUAUUUAUCAAGCUCCCACUGAUCCCAAACUGGCUUUUAGAAAUGCAGCGGGACAUUCUCCAUCGUUUCAGGAAAAAUCCGAUUUGGGAAAAAGCUCGCCGGAAAAUGUGUACCAAGCGCCGACUGGGAUCAAGGAUUUGGGAUCGCAGACUUUCUAUUUGGCCCCGACUGGGAAACACCAAAGCCCAAAUUCCAGACAAGAAUCCCAGAUUUUUGAAGCCCAGAAUAUGUAUAAGUCCCCCAAAAUGUGCCACAAAGUUUUGGGAGCCCCCAGAACUGAAAUCCCCACAUCAACUCAGGAGGCCCUUAGUAAGUCUAUGGGUAGUGGAAAUACUGCUAAGGUGUCCCAUGUAUUAAAACAGAGUCUUGGGCAACAUGUACAGCACAAACCACCAGUGGGGCAAACCAAAGUAUGCCAAAAGGUGGCACCCAUUUCAGUUCGGGACAGUCCAAAGUUACUACUCAGGGGGGAGAAAGAUGGACACCAGAUUCCUGCAGCCAUCCCCAGUGGGAAUUCGGGGGAGGCGGACCCUGCACCCCUGAAGGGACAGGAAGAGGGGGAGUAUGUGGAACCGGAUGAUGAAAAUUUCAGAAGUGAAGAGGUGUAUGAUAUACCUCCCUCCACUAGGUGGGGGUCUCUCGCUGCCCCUACACCUGCUGAAGACUCCAACAGCUGCAUCUACAAUGUGCCUCGAUUCAUCAACGACAAGCAGAUCGACCGCUUGCAAGAGGCGGAACAGGAAGUUUACAACGUCCCCUCCAUGUUCCUCAGAGAAGAGACCUACAACAUCCCAGCAUGCCACAGGCCAUACAAAGAGGACUCGGAGCCAGCGGGACAGGAAGAGGAAGUGGAAGAGGACGUUUACAGCGUCCCCUCUCUGGCGGGACAGCCGUCCAUCCUGAACCCCGAGCAGAGGGUCCGGGAGGAGGGGGGCAUGCACUCUGUCCCAGGCCAGGCCCCGGAGGAUUGUGGGAUAUACGACCUGCCCGCCGCCAGCAUCGCGAUGGAAGAAAUGGACCUUCUAACAGAACCAGAUUUCAUUCGCCGGCUCUCCAUCUCGAGCAAUGGUAGCGGCCAAUCGAAAUCCUCCACCGACUCAUGCCUGGAAGCACUGUCAGCCCUCCUCCAAUCGGCUCAAUGCGCUGCCUCAGGACCCGCCCCUCCUCCCAGAGAGCUGGCCUCCCUGUUGGCCGAGAUAGUGUCUGUCUCCAGGCAGCACGGGGAGCUCGGCGAAGUGCUCAGUCGCCUCUCUGAUUUCAUCCCCAGCCUCUCCAGAGGUGCUGCUCCGGAUGCUCUGCUCUCAUUGGUCCGGAAGGCCUUGGAAGACUCCGCCUCCCUCCUGACAGGCCAUGCCCACAGGCCCCGUCUCUCUUCUCAGGAGUCUCUCUCCAGGCGCCCCCUGCCUGCUCUACCGGUGGCCGAGGUGAAGCCAAUGAAAUUGAAACUAACGAGGAAGGGCAGCGGCAUUCAGGAGAGACCCCUCCCCCCUGGCGCCACCCCCUGGAAGGGGACUGGGGGGGGUGGGGGGGAGUGGACCUUUGGUCAGCCCCCCCCACCCCCUCCCCUGCUCCACGAAGGGAGAGAGGAGACUGGGAACGAAUACGAAGGGAUUGGAAAUGUUUCUGUGACUGGGAGCAGCUCCACAGCCAUUCCUGCUGCUGGGGAGAGUGGGGGAUACGUCAAGCUGCAGGGAAAGCCUGAGCCAGACUCCCCUGCGAUGCCAACGGAGAAUAUCCUGCCAGCGCCAGACCCUCCCUCUACAACUGACAAGGUGACUCGGACCCCCCCGGCCCUCCCUCUCUCCUCAGAAGACCGACAGCUUCUCUCAUUCUACUCGGAGCAGAGCCAGGCUCACCUUGUCUCCCUCAACGAUGCCAUCGACUCCCUCUUCACCAGCGUGCAGGGGAACCAGCCGCCCAGGGCCUUCGUUUCCAAGGGGAAGCUUGUCAUCGUGACAGCACACAAGCUGGUCUUCAUCGGGGACACUCUGUCCCGUCUCCUGGCCUCCCCAGAGGUCAGGUCAAAGGUCACGACCUCGGGGGCCCACCUAUGUCAGGCGCUCAAGGUGGUUGUCCUGGCAACCAAAGGGGCAGCCCUGCAUUACCCAUCAGUCUCCGCUCUCCAGGAAAUGGUGAACCGGGUGGCGGAACUCUCCCAGCAUGCAGUGCGAUUUGCAAGUCUCUUGCCCAGAAUGGCCAACCCUUCGUGACCAAAAUGAUUUUUUUUUUUUUUUUUCUUUUUAAAAAGCAAAAAAUAAAAAUAAAAAAAAUCUUUGUGGACUUUUUUUUUUUUUCUGCAGUUGUCUACAAUCCAAAUCAAGUGGAGAUGACUGAUCUCAUUCCUUCACGCCUAAAUGAACUAUUGUUAGAGAGAGAGAGAGAGAGAGAGAGAGAGAGAGAGAGAGAGAGAUAGGGUGUCUGCUGGUUUUAAAAUGAUUGGAGCUCGCAAUACAAUUCCAUGAAUCGAACCUGCUUUGUGUAUGAAGCUGCUGCACUGCUUUGUGUAUGAAGCUGCUGCACUGCUUUGUGUAUGAAGCUGCUACACUGCUUUGUGUAUGAAGCUGCUGCACUGCUUUGUGUAUGAAGCUGCUGCACUGCUUUGUGUAUGAAGCUGCUGCACUGCUUUGUGUAUGAAGCUGCUGCACUGCUUUGUGUAUGAAGCUGCUGCACUGCUUUGUGUAUGAAGCUGCUGCACUGCUUUGUGUAUGAAGCUGCUACACUGGUCUCAGAUUUGCAGGUUUGUAAGAUACAUGUGUUACAUUUGUUUGAAAUGUGGUACUGCACUGAGUUCAAGAAAUCUCUGUUGCAAGCCAUGCUUUCCAGAAGUCUGUUAGUAUCAGGGAUCACUGGCUGAAAGCUUGUCAGUCAGCAGGGGAAGCAGCUGAUUGGUUAUUGACAGGAAUGAAGCCUGUGAAGGGGUGGGGAUAAUUUUACUCUGGUUGAACUAGUAAGUACAUGACAGUUGCAAAACGAGUCUUGCAAACAGAGAAUUCUUGAUCUCAGUAGAUGAUUGAAAAUGUAAACGCAUGUUUGCUAAAACAUGCCUUCCUUUCAAAACUGCCCAUUUGAAACCGGAGAAAACAUUUGGAAUUAUUUUGUUUGCUACAAUUACUUUAAACCUUAUCCAAGGGAAUGAACAAGGUCCUGCCCAGGUUUGCAUCAAUGACCAGUUUAUAAGAACAAAGAAUUCACUAAUAUCGAUUCCUUACUUCUCUGGUGUUUUGGUUGCUCUGCGUUAUUUACAAUCCAGGAUUGUGGGUAGCUGUUAAAUCCACAAUAACUUUCAAUGGUUCGGUUUUGUAAGGUUGGUUUGAUUGUUUUUAAAUACGAGUUCAUCUGUACACUGACCUUUUCUCAUGCUAUAAAGCGACAUGUAAGUCUCUCCUGUUUUUUUUUAAUAAUAAAUUGAUUUGACACCUUGA